UUCCAAGACCAGUCACGACAACUCCACAAGAAGACAGGGCUGCUCCUUAAUGGUUGUACUGAAAGAUGUGAAACUCUUAAAGGUAUAAGCAGUAUGGUUAUUUCCAUUUUACAGUAGCGUCCCUGGCCCAGUGCUCUUUCCACUGCUCUGACCCGCGGGGCAGGUCUGCUACCUGCCGUUAUGACAGACCAGGAUCUCCAAGUGGUACCACUGCUGGGGACAGCUCCUUGCUCCCUUCCCUAUCGUCCUAUCCCCAUUCUGGGCACAGAACUUUUCCAGGUUACCCAGCGUGUGCUAACUGUGAGAAAGCAGAGAGGUGCCAGCAAGGGUCAGAUGUCUUGAGACGGAGGAGGUGACAGAAUUCCUUUAUGGAGUUCCUCUGUCAGGUGAUGCUAAACACCCACACUACCAGGAGGGGGACUUUUCGCUUCACUUUAGCCUCACGGAGAAGCUUUGAGGGCUGCUGUAAAAACGACAAGAUAGCAGAAAUCUGGCGAAGGAGGGUCUUGGGAACCACUUUUGCUGUGGGGCGGUGCCACACGCCAGGUUGCACUAAAACUGCGGUGGGCUUCUGCCAAAAUUCCAGUGAGGCAGUGACCAACCCCGGUGGCUUUGGGGGCGGAGCCUGAGAAGGGCGGAGCUCCGGGGCGGGGCGCGCCUCCAGCGGGCUCCUCUGCUCCGACAGUAGUUUAAAAGGCUGGAAGGCGGGCUCCGAGUGCCAAAGAAGAACCCGCUUGGCACAGCCAUGACCGGGCGGACAAGGGGCUCUCGGCUGCUUCGCAGUCUCCUCCUCUUCGUGUUGUUCACUGCCGGCGUCGCUCCCUUCAAUUGGGAUCUCCCGGAGCCCCGCAGCCGAGCCAGCAAGAUCCGAGUGCACCCCCGGGGCAACCUCUGGGCGACCGGUCACUUCAUGGGCAAGAAAAGCCUGGAGCCCCCAAGCCUGUCGCUGGUGGGGACAGCACCUCCCAACAUCCAGAGGGACCAGAGGCUGCAGCUGAGUCACGAUCUGCUCAGAAUCCUCCUGCUAAAGAAAGCUUUAGGCAUGAACCCCAGUGGCCCAGCUUCCCCAAUUCAGGGGGUCGCUGGAGCCAGUACUGAAGAAGUGAUGCCAAUAACGGGAGGAACACAACAAGGCUUAGAAUGUGUCCAUCCAGGGCAGCUGCUGAACGGAACCCCAGCAGUGGCCCCAUCGGAUGUAGAUCCUAAGCUCAAAUGUGUUACUCCCUUACUGUGAUUUCUGGUUGGGUCACCAGGAAUGUUGACAAUGCAGACAGCAAGGCUCUCCUGCUGCGUUUCUUGCUUCCCUGGUGAAGUUGCAAAUAAAAACACUGCUCUUUA